UUGCAGUUGUUUGUUUGUUUUUUUUUUGGUAAAAAAUUAACCGUAAAAAAAAAAACAAAAACGGAAAAAAGAGGGCACGUGGAGGUGGUGCUGAUGCAUUGCUGCCACUGGUUCCCUCUCAGCCUCACCUCUCAAAGUCGCCUGAGAAUCUGAGCUCUCUCUCCCAUCCUCUUUUUUUUUUUUUAAUGUCGGGUUUUUUGUGCUUUCCGUCAAUUUCUUUCCGGAGAGCGACUAAUUUCGACGAUUAGCUCGUUGGGGUUUUCUUCCAAUUCGUGCAUUUCGACAAAUUAAUAGGUUUUUGUAGGGAAAUUUCUUCCACGCGACGACUUUUUUUUGGUAAAUGGAAAAUAAGAAUCAGUAACAGUACGGGUUCGCAUUCCACUGCAGUAGUAGGGUUUAUAGUGUCUUAAACUAGAGUUGUGAGUUUUGUUUUUCUUAGGUUUUGAGAGAGAAAAUUUGGGUUGUAAUGGGGGAUAUAACUUGGGUUGAAGAGGGUAAUGGUGGCUCUGCGAUUUCUUCGAGGAAAAGGAAAGCGAGACCUAAAAGAUUCGAAUUUGUAGGAUGGGGUUCGAAACAACUCAUUGAGUUUCUCAAAUCACUUGGUAAAGAUACUUCUGAAAUGAUCUCUCGUUAUGAUGUUAGUGACACUAUUGCUAGGUAUAUUGCAAAGGAAGGUCUUUUAGAUCCUUCCAAUAAAAAGAAAGUUGUGUGCGACCAAAGAUUGCUUUCUCUUUUCGGGAGUCGGACGAUUUUCAGAAUGAAAGUCUAUGAUCUCCUUGAAAAGCAUUAUAAAGAGAACCAGGAUGAUUCUGACUUCGAUUUUCUCUACGAGGAUGAGCCGCAGAUUAUUUCUCAUUCGGAGAAGAUAGCUAAACGGACAAGUAAGGUUGUUAAGAAACCUAGAGGUACUUUUGCUGCUAUUGUGAGUGAUAAUAUCAAGCUUCUCUACUUGAGAAAGAGCUUAGUCCAGGAAUUGGUGAAGUCUCCUGAUACCUUUGAGAGUAAAAUGUUGGGAAGUUUUGUGAGGAUCAAGUCUGACCCUAAUGAUUAUCUUCAGAAGUACCCUUAUCAGCUUGUUCAGGUGACAGGCGUGAAGAAGGAACCUGGGACUGAUGAUUUUCUUCUUCAGGUUACAAAUUAUGUGAAAGAUGUUUCUAUAUCUGUGCUGUCUGAUGAUAAUUUCUCCCAGGAGGAAUGUGAAGAUUUACAUCAGCGAAUAAAGAACGGACUUCUUAAGAAGCCCACAAUUGUGGAGAUGGAAGAAAAAGCUAGAAGUUUACAUGAAGAUCAGACAAAACACUGGCUUGGGAGAGAAAUUGUAUUGUUAAAAAGGCUUAUUGAUCGGGCUAAUGAGAAGGGCUGGCGAGGAGAGCUGUCUGAGUACCUGGAGAAGAGGGAGCUUCUUCAAAAUCCAGAAGAACAGUCCCGGCUACUCCGCGAAGUUCCAGAAGUUAUUGGAGAGGAUAUUGUACCAAACCCUGAAGUGUCAUCCCCUGAGGCUCAUAAAAGUGACAACGAGCAACGACUGAGUGAAUCUCCAUUAUCGUGCAUCCAAGAAACCCCAGAAGUUCGCAACCUCUUUUGUGGAGAGGAUCAACAAUGUAAUAAUGGGUAUCUGAUAUCAAACCCCAGCACAACUCUGGGAAUCACGUCUUAUGCUACGAUUAACGAGAGAUUGCCAGCAUGGAUUGCUUCUGCAGGUGAUGAAUAUCUUCAUGGAGAUGUAGAGCAGCCAGCAAAUGGCAUCAUUGGAGGAGAGACGCUGUCUAAAGUUUCUCAGCUUCAGUCAAGUAUACCAGUAAUUAAUCUCAACAACGGAUCUCAAGUUCAACCAAAUCCAUCAGAAGUAAUCGAACUGAGCGAUGAUGAUGAAGAUGACAACGAUGAUGGAGAGACCCUGGACCCUAAAGUUGAAGACGUCCAGGUUCUGUCUUAUGAUAAAGAAAAGUUAAACUGGUUAUACAAAGAUCCCCAGGGUCUUGUACAGGGACCAUUCUCUCUCAUACAACUCAAAGCUUGGAGAGACGCGGAGUACUUCACCAAAAACUUCAGGGUUUGGAUGACAGGAGAAAGCAUGGAUUCCGCAGUUUUACUAACCGAUGUUCUUCGUCGGUCUAACUAAUGCAGUAAACUAUUAGAUUCAGUCAAAAGUGGUUUCAGUAUUCUGUUUGUCAUUUAUCUUCAAGUUGCAGUAGGGUUUUGCUCCUCCUUUUAAGUAAACAGCAAAUAAAAAAAAAAAGGAUGUGAAGCCAAUAGUGUUAUGACCUUAGACAGUUAGACUCCACGAGUAUGAACAGUUUGUUUUAUCAGUCAUUGCUUCUGCAGUUUCUUCUCUAAUAUUUAUACUGAAUCA